GUAUUUCUCCAAGUAUUGCUGCCAGCCCCAAAACCUCUCCUGUGCCCAAACACGAGACCCAAAUUCAAGGGCCGUACGGCAACUAUCCAAGAACGCCCCAGUUCUCCAGUGCAGCAGCCCCAGGUCGGGAAUCCGACGCUCGACAAACAAUAACACGGGCGGUGGGCAGAGCGAGACGGAGCGAGCUCAGUUUGUUUUUGUUGCUGUGGUGUGAGUGAGUCAUGACGUUUCGGACGGCGUAGAAAAGCCAGUUACAGUCAACCGUCGAACAUUGCAUAAAGCGGGAGCUGUUGCCCUGCAUUCCGGAACCAGGAUCCGCCAGUCGCCCCACUUCCUCACCGUUUGCCAGGACCUGCAACAGCUGCGCCCAGUCCGCACACACCGAAGCACGCACGUACACACACACACACAUUUCUGGAGGAGCUGUGGCACCGAGUGUCACACCAUACACACACGGCGCGAGCGCACGCACACCACUGCAGCAGGCAGUCUGUCGUCACAGUUGGCUACAUUUCGACUCGGAUUCGGACUCGGAUCGAGCUAGCUGAGCAGCAACUUUCGCCGCACUCGAAUCGAAGUUAAGCCCAAACCAAAAGCAAAAGCCAAACCCAAGCCGAGCCCAAGCGCCUAUUAUCGUCAUGGUGGACCGUCUGGUCAACUCGGAGGCCAACACGCGCCGCAUCGCCUCCGUGGAGAACUGCUUCGGGAGCUCGGGCGUGCCGCUGGCGAUGCAAGGUCGCGUUCUGGUGGGCGAGGGCGUGCUGACCAAGAUGUGUCGCAAGCGGCCCAAGUCGCGCCAGUUCUUCCUGUUCAACGACAUCCUGGUGUACGGAAACAUAGUGAUUGGCAAGAAGAAGUACAACAAGCAGCAUAUCAUGCCGCUGGAGGAGGUCUCGCUGGAAUCGAUUGCCGACAACCAGACGUACAGAAACGGCUGGUACAUCCGCACCACCACCAAGUCGUUUGUGGUGUUUGCGGCCACCAGCACCGAGAAGCAGGAGUGGAUGGCUCACAUCAACAAGUGCGUGGAGGACCUGCUGCGCAAGAGCGGCAAGAAGCCGGUGGAGAACCACGCCGCCGUUUGGGUGCCCGACACCGACGCCAGCGUCUGCAUGCACUGCAAGAAGACGCAGUUUACUUUCAUCCAGCGCCGGCAUCACUGCCGCAACUGCGGCGCUGUUGUCUGCGCCGGCUGCUCGGCCAAGAAGUUCCUGCUUCCGCAGCAGAGCACCAAGGCGUUGCGCGUCUGUGACGCCUGCUACGAGCGCUUGAAGCACGUGCCAAGUUCCCUUGGCUCUGGCGAGGACUCGGCAGCGGCUACCGGCGCUGCCUCCGGCAACAAGCUCAACACAACAGCCGGCGACAGCUCCAACGAUGAGGACUCCGACGAGGAGACUGCCUCCCCUGGUGGCGAGUCGCACGAUGAGCCGCGCUUCUACGGGGACAACAGCGUGCUAUCCGCCGUCGAAGACUCCUCGACGAUAACCUCGCCCUCCUCCGCCACCACUGGCAGCUUGGAGGCUCCCCAGGUGACACCGAGCGUCCAAAGCUCCCCGGCUGCCGUUGCGACGACGGGCAGCCACUGUUGAACGGACCACAUAGCGAAUGAUUAUGAUUAUGGUAGAUAUCGCAGAAAAGCUCUCACCCACCCACAACGCAUAUCCCGAUACCUUGUAGACACGAAUCGCGGUGUGACGAAGUCUCCUUGAACAUGCCCAACAUAGCCACUGUACAUUUGAACAACCGACGAUUCCCGUCAUCUUCAUUGCAAGACCUUCGGACCCAAUUUCGGAUCUUUCAUUAUACCUAUGCGUUAGAUAAAGGACGUGCAAAAUUUGAGGCUUAUCGAGUUCUAAGUUGGGAGAGUCUAGAAUAGAACGUUGCUCGUGACUGCGACCUUGCAGUGGCUCCGUUUUGGUUUUUUAUUCUUCUCGUUUUACAUUUUCCGCGAAUUCCGCUGAGCGCGAUAGCCUUAUCAGCCAAGUGGCUGCGACGGUUGCUGCUGCUCUAUUAUUCGUUGGCAAACAAACGGUCUGAUGAUGUGAGAUGUUUCCCAUAUCUGCUCACAAGCAGCCCAGCCCUGCCCUACCCAGCCCAGUCCAAAUGCCGGCUUAUCGUUCUGAAACUCCCGUCGUGACUCAGCGGUACAGAGCAGCCGAUAGGGUUAGAUGGCCAUUGAGAGCCCAUUUUUGCCUCCGGGCGUUGAAUGAGUCAGGCGGACAGUCAUCCAUGCAUCUCUCCGAGUGGCCAGAGACAAAGCAAGACGAACAACGGAAGCGAUGCGAGCAGGAGGAGAUUAAGGAGCUGCGCAAGAUGACGGCAUUCAAGGCUCGUCCGAAUCCAUUUAAAUAGUGCUCGACGGAACCAAUCGACUACCAAACGUUUGAUAGCCCUGUCCAAAUUUAAAUGAAGUGAAGUCGAUGCUACACAUAAUCGUGUUUACCGAUGCAUAGUUUUACCAGAUUAACACAAUUUUUGUCUCUUAACAUUAACAUUACUUUUACGCAUAUAUCGUUCCCGUUUUUGGCGGAUAAGAACCACUAAAAUCGUAUGUUUGGCGAGAGGAUAAACUAUAUGGAUAUGUAUACAACAUAAGCAAUUUGCAAUUGCGAUCAUUAACUGUUUUCUAUUUGUACAAAGCCCAAAAAACAAUAAAUUAAUACUGUAAAUUG